CGGUGGAUGACGUCACACAGGAGGAAGAACAAAACAAGAUGGCGUCUGACGGAGAAUACGUUGUUUUGGUUAUUAUGGUUUCUAGGUCUUAAUUACAACGUACAUGUGCACAUGUGUGUCGUUUAACAGAGUAAACGUCGUUAUUAAUUGUUUGUAUGCGGAUACAUUAGUCUGAGUGCACUUAUACGUGCUAGCCUAGCCUGCUGGUUAGCUUAGCUUGUUAGCUGCUAACAAAGAGAGGCGGAAGUGAUCGACACAUCAAAGCAGAGAUCCAAUACGUCUGUGAAGAACAUCUUCUCCCUGAGCAACAGAAGUGGAAUUUCAGGAUGGAGCCACAGCCCUCCCACAUUAAAAAAGAAGAGGAACACCCACUGAUCCCCCAUUUUAAAGAGGAAGAGGAUGACCCACGGACCACUGACAUCAAAGAGGAAGAUGAGGACCCACUGAGCCCCCAUUUAAAAAAAGAAGAGGAGGAUCCACUGACACCACGUUUUAAAGAGGAAGCAGUGGAUCAACUGAGCCCUCACAUUAAAGAGGAAGAGGAGGAACACAGCAUCAGUCAGGAGGGAGAGCAUCUUGAUUGGUUGGAGGAGUUCCCAGUCAUUGUUGUCCCUGUGAAGAGUGAAGAUGAUGAGGUCAAAGGUGAGAGUGAGGAGAGGGGAGGGGGGGAGCCUCCAAGCAGCAGCUCAACUCAACACAUGACGACAGAAGCUGAUGGAGACCACUGUGGAGGAUCACAAGCAGACAAGCUCUUAGCUCCACUAUCAGAUAGUGAGGACACAACGUCACACUCUCCUGACACUGAUGAUGAAGACUCUAAAGAUGAUAAGACAUGUCACACUGACAACACACACUUCACAUGUUCUCUCUGUGGCAAAACUCUUAAAUCUCCUGGUAAUUUGAAAAGACACAUGAGAACACACACUGGAGGAAAAGUCUUUUCAUGCGCAAUCUGUUGUAAAGAUUUUACUCAAAGGAAAUAUUUGAAAGUACACAUGAGAACACACACUGGAGAAAAACCUUUUUCCUGCUCAGAAUGUGGUAGAAGUUUUGCAACAAAUCAUACCUUAAUAACACACAUGGCAACACACACCGGAGAAAAACCUUUUUCAUGUUCAGUCUGCGGUAAAGGUUUAACUCAUAGGCAACAUUUGAAAGUACACAUGAGAAUACACACUGGAGAAAAACCUUUUUCCUGCUCAGAAUGUGAUAAAAGUUUUGCAAUAAAUCAUAGUUUAAAAGUACACAUGAGAACACACACCGGUGAAACCCCUUUUUCAUGUUCAAUCUGCGGUAAAGAUUUUACCCAAAGGAACAAUUUGAAAUUACACAUGAGAAUACACACUGGAGAAAAACCUUUUUCCUGCUCAGAAUGUGGUAAAAUUUUUGUAACAAAUCACAACUUAAUAGCACACAUGGCAACACACACUGGAGAAAAACCUUUUUCAUGUUCAAUCUGCGGUAAAGGUUUAACUCAUAGGCAACAUUUGAAAGUACACAUGAGAAUACACACUGGAGAAAAACCAUUCUCCUGCUCAGAAUGUGGUAAAAGUUUUGUAGUAAAUCAGGGUUUGAAAGUACACAUGAGAACACACACUGGAGAAAAACCUUUUUCAUGUUCAGUGUGUUGUAAAAGUUUUAAACUAAGACAUCAUUUGAAUGUACACAUGAGAACACACACAGGUGAGAAAGUGUGGAGUUGCAGUGUGUGUGGUGAAAGAUUCUCUUCUAAGUCCCAGUGUAAGAAACACAAGUGUGCUGGUGAGAACAGCAGCAGCAAAUGAAGAUGCAGGAUUUGAAACAAACUUUCCAACAACAUCAGCACAUAUAACAUGUGUGACAUCAUUGUUUUGAUGAUUCUAACAUUUAUAGAUUAGACACUUCAGAUUAGUGCUUUUAUUUCAGUCAAGUACAUGAGUUAAUAUACACAUUUGUGUAUUUUUUAAUAUGAACGGAACAAUUUGUUUGAGAAGGUGUGAAUAAACAGUACAUAACAUGUUACAUAUUUGUAGAUAUUCAUAAUUCACUUGUAUACUUAUUCAUAUUAGUGUCUUAUGUAUGUUUUUGAAAUAAUGAAAUGUUACAUAUUUUAUUUUCUAAUUGUGGAUGAUUUCCAUAGAUGAACUCCUUUAUAUGAUGUACAUAUUUGUUUUACAUGUGUUCAUACCUUUGCUUUUGAGUACACAUAAAUCCCUCUUAGUUCAUAUUUACUGGUUCACAUCUGAAACAUCUUCUGGACCACUUCUGGAAGCAUAUUAUUAUUUACUUUAUACAUCAUUUGAACAGUUGUCUUUUACUCUCUUUUGUAAUAUGAAUAUUGUUUUGUGAUUGUUUUAUAUGUAUGUCCCCAGACCUUUAUGCAAUAAACCAAGGGUCGGGAACCUUUUUGGCUGAGAGAGCCAUGAAAGCCAAA